UCACAACAUCUCUUCACCCUAGGACGGAACUUCUCAGAUUAUCUGUAAUGUGAUUGCAAAUCUGGUGGAUUUUUACAGAGUUUUCUCUCAUUUCUGAAUAUUAAUAGGCUAUACUGGAGACGAAAAGAAGAAAAUGCUUUGCCUGUUUGCCUUGCUUUAUUAUUUAAGGCAUCUCUUAGGAGUGUUUUGCGUUGAGACAGAUGAAAUAAAGUCAUUGUCGGUGAUGGAGGGAGAAUCUGUCACACUAAACACUGAUGUUACUGUAACACAGAGAAAUAAGAUACUGUGGAAGUUUGGAGAUCGAGGUCUUCUCAUAGCUCUCUUAGAUGACAACGAGGUCUCAUUAUUUAAUGGUACUGAAGGACAAUUCAGAGACAGACUGCAGCUGGAUCAUCAGACUGGAUCUCUGACCAUCAGGAACAUCAGAACCACUGACUCUGGACUCUAUGAACUCAACAUUAAGGGAGGGACAGGGGAACAAGUCAAGACAUUUAAUGUCACUGUCUAUUCUCAUCUGCUCAUUCCUGUCAUCAGCAGAGACUCUUCACAAUGUUCUUCAUCAUCUUCAUCACAGCAGAAUUGUUCACUGUUGUGUUCAGUGGUGAAUGUGAGUGCUGUGACUCUCUCCUGGUACAAAGGAAACAGUUUAUUGUCCAACAUCAGUGUGUCUGAUCUCAGCAUCAGUCUUUCUCUUCCUCUGGAGGUGAAAUAUCAGGAUAACAACACCUACAGCUGUGUGAUCAACAAUCCCAUCAGAAACCUGACUACACAUCUGGACAUCACUCAAAUCUGUCAACCUUGUUCAGAAAUUCACUGUUGUGGUGUUACUGAAGCUUCAAUCCGAUUGGCCGUCGCUGUUCUGGUGGGUGUGGCUGCUGUUGCUUUUGUAGUUUAUGACAUCAGAUCCAGAAAUGCAGUGUAAAGCUCCGUUCUUUGUAAAUCUGCUCUGUAACAACUUGUGUGGUAAAAAACAUUAUACAAACAAAUACUGCAUUGCAAUAUGAAUAUGCAGCAUGAAUGUAUCAUCAUUCCUAACUGAAUGAUUGUAACUAUAGCUCAUUCCUUAUUGAAGGAUAAACCAUGAUAACUGCCCCUUGUUGGAACUGUCCACAUUCUUUCCCCAUUCUGUUUUUUGGAAAAAUAAGGGGACAUGUUGUGGUUUAAUAGGCUUCUGAACAUUGGUAAGAAAUGUCACACGAAAGUGAAGCUCUCAGUAGCCGCAUUUGGAAAAUAGGUGUAGAUGUUUCUGCUUAUUUGCACGUGAACGCGUGAGAGAGAGAGAGGAAGUGUGAAAACCAGAGCAGAAACUGACUAGCAUUUUGGAAAGCUUGCAUUAUCUAGACCUGCUUCAAAUAAUGACAAUAUUAAGUUUAUAAAAUCACAUUUUUAAAGAUUCUAGAACAUAGAAUUGUGCUUUGCCUGUAGUUAGAAGUUUCUUGUUUGAGGUGAUUUUGCUGAAGCAAGGCUGUGUUCUAUAUUCAGUGCUAUCCUCACACUUUAUUUGUGCAAUUUAAUUUCUGAACCCAAAUGUAAUUUUAAUCGGCAAUAUACCCAAAUAAAUGAAAACUCAUCUGAUCAACACAAAAGAGUCAUGUGUGCUUUCAGGUCAUUUUGUCACAAUAUCACUGAAGAUCCCACACAACUACAGGUGAUCACACACUACUUGCACAAUAAUGACUGGUGAUUUGCCACAGGGCUUGACACUGGGAUAGCAGUCAAUAAUGCCAAUCACUCUAGAGAUGCUGGCAAUCUGGUGGAACUUUUGAUCGGGCUGCUGAAUUUCUUGAGUUCUGGGGAAUAUCAGCAUGUUUUUCAAAAGCUCUAAUGGUAAAGGUCAGCCUUUCAAUGUUGGCCCCAGGCCGGCCAUCACUUUCUCUUCCUCUGCGGUCAGAGGUGGAACAGAAUCAGCAACACCCCUCA